AUGAACGGCGGCACCUUUUCCCCCCUUGCUGAGGGGGAAGGCUCCGCGGGGGACCUCGUAGACAAUCGCUUCCGCGGAAGGUUAGAGAUGGGCGCAGGCGCGCUUGGCGGAUCUGUGGCGGAGGCUUCGGCGGAAGAUGGUUCGAGCGGAGGCCGGUCGGCGGAGGAUGAGCGCCCGCUGAUUGCGCCAUCUGAGCGCAAAGGAGGCGCAUGGGCGGAAGGGGAAGCGCAGGGGACUAGCGCGCGCAUGGAAAAUGGAUGGGAUGAUUCCUUGCGCAAGGGGGGAAGCGAGGAGGAGUUGCGUCACGAGGAGGGCGCAGCCGCGGGGGAGGUGCGCGGAGACGGGGACCGCGAGGGAGCGGAGAGAUUGCGCGGAGGCGGAGCUCUCAAUAGCGCGGACGCCAAUGGAUGCGCGGAAGCUGGCCGUCCGGGAUCUACUGGCGGAGGCGGCGGGGAGGUCGGGGGGGGAAAUGCGGCGGAAAUAGGCGGCGGGGAUGCGGGGAGAGGGGGAGGCGAGGCGGAAGAGCUGAUCCGGGCGGAAAACGACAAAGCGGAAGAGGAAAGCGGAGAAGGGUACGAUAGGAGCGGAAACGGAAUAUGGGUAGACGAGGAGAAAGCACUCCGGGACGAGAAGGCGGCGGAAUCCGCGGGGGAUCCUUCCGCGGAUGGGGGCGCGAAGGGGAACGCGAGCGGGGACGAGAGCGAGUCGUCGCGGCGCACGGCGGACGGGGAGCGGUCGUUCGUGUGGCUGCUGAACGUGCCGCUAGAGGCGGAAGAUGACGUGGAGGAGGACGUGGAAGUGGAGGAUGAUGACGAGGAUUGGGAGGAUGUUGAGGAAGGGGAGGAGGGCGCGGGGGGGGAGGCGGAGGGGGAGGAGGGGGGUGGAGCGCCAGGGGACAAGGCGCAGCAGAGGCGGAGGCGGAGGAGGAGGAAGGGCGGCGCGGCAGCUGCGGACGGCGGGGACGGCGGAGCCGCUGCGGAAGGCACGACGGGACGGCGCCGGAGCGAGGGAAGCAGGUCCGGCAGGGGCGGCGGCGGAGGAGGCGGCGCGGGGGGCGGGACAGGCGGCGCGGAAAACACGUGGCGCGCGCUGGAAGGCCACGAGGACAAAUUCGUGGAGCUGCAACGGCUCUUCGUAGGGCCGAAAUUCGCGACCGGCACCUACGGCCGCCUUUACCAGGGCCUGUACGAAGGGCAGGACGUGGCGAUUAAGAUCCUACGGCCACCAGACAGCGAGGGCGAGGCGGAGAAACUCGCGCAUCAGUUCAAGCAAGAAGUAGAUCUCCUCGCGCGCUUAGACCACCCGAACGUGGUGCGCUUCAUCGGCGCGUGCCAGCGCCCGCCCACGUGGUGCAUUCUCACGGAGUAUCUGGGCGGGGGGAGUCUGCGCGGGUUCCUGCAGAAGCGCGAGGGGCAGCUGUUGCCGCUGCAAGAGGUGGUGCGCCUGGCGCUGGAUAUCGCGCGCGGCAUGGCGUACCUGCACCAGGAGGUGAGGGGGGGGAGUGGGGGGAGGCGGGGUGGAGGGGGUAAGGGCGAGGGAGAGGGCGUGGUGCACCGGGACUUAAAGCCCGACAACCUCGUCCUCACCACAGACACCAUCGUCAAGAUCACCGACUUCGGAGUAGCUCGCCUGGAAGCCGACACGUCGCUCAUGACUGCGGAGACGGGCACGUACCGGUGGAUGGCGCCCGAGGUGGUGGACCACCGCCCGUACACCAAGAACGUGGACGUGUACAGCUUCGGGAUUGUGCUGUGGGAGCUUUGCACUGUGCAGCUGCCGUUUGCGGGCAUGACGGCCAUGCAGGCUGCGUUCGCCGUGGUUAAUCGGGGCACGCGGCCAGACAUCCCGCCAAGCAUCCCACUCCCGCUAGCCGAGCUCAUGCAAGUCUGCUGGCACAGCAACCCGGACCGGCGGCCGCCCUUCACGUAUGUGGUGCAGCAGCUGGAGGCCAUGCAGGACGCUCUCUCCCGCGACCCCAACGCACUGCCCCGCCAGGCCUGGAACAGCACUGACCCCCGUCGCCCUCCCAGGGCCUCCCUGUCACUGGGGAUUGGUAGAUGGGUAGCGGACAGGAAGGAGGGAGACAGACGUGCAGGGAGAGGGAAGUCAGAGGAGUGCAGAUGGGAGUUAAACCAUGCACUCCGUUUGCCUGUCAGUGCUGGUGAAUAG